AUGCCUAUCUCUUAAACUUCAAGUCCAAAGGUUAGAGAGCCUUCGUAAAUUUUAUCAAUAGUCAUUUAUAUUAGCUUCAAAUUGCAGCCUCACACAUCGCCUACUUAUGAAGGUAUAGAUGAAGAAAGCUACCGAAUAGUCUUUGAUUUAUUUGACAGGGAUAAGAGUGGAUACAUAGACAAUACAGAUCUACAGGAGAUUGCUAUUUCCCUUAACAGAGAUCCCUUAGAAGUGAUUGAAUUGGUUUAAAGUUUUGAUCCAAAUAAUGAUGGGAAGAUUGCAUUCGCUGAGUUUGUAGCUGUAAUGUAAGCACUUGAAAGCAGAGUCAGCGAUGAAUUCUCAUUGGAUAUGGGUUCAAAUAUUGAAGAUUAAAAGAAGAAAUUUGGAAAUAUGCUAAGCCUACUGCCUAAGAACGGAGGAGGAUUUAUGCCUGAUUCCAAAGUACUUGACUUUCUCAGAUUGCUGAAUGAUUAUCAGAAAAAAUAAUUAGAACGCUAGCAGAGAAAUAUGUAGAUUGCCUAAAAAUUGGAAUUAGAACAGAUUGAGGCUAACUAAUAGCAGCAGUUUUUAGAGUUUUCAAAUGCGUGGGACAAGUAUAUGCAAGACUAUGAGGCUGCUGCCUAUAAAUCACUGGAAAAACUUAAGGAAAAGCAUGACGAAGAGAUACUAUAGGCUAGAGAGCAACUUAAGAUAUAAUAUCCAGUGAUUUACACUUUGAGCAAAGAGUUGAUGGACUUGAGAAAUCUGGAAAAGAAAAACUUUGCUUUGAAAGAAUACCAAAAAGCAGAAAACUACAAGAGAUAGGCUGAUAAGAUGGAGAGAGAUGAAAGAUAAGUGCAAGAGUAAUAGCAAGCUGAGAAGAUUGAAAGGGAAAUUGUUAAGUUAAAAGGCAAAUAGCAGGCAGCUUUGAAUUCAUUACUUAAAAGAAUAUAGAGAGACAGAGAUGAAUAACUAAAACAUAGAACUCUAGAUUCUCAAAGAUUAAUUCAAAGAAAUAGAAACAUCCUUCAAGACAUCAUCAUGAGACAGCAAUUAGAGGCAAAGAAAACCCUAGAUUUCUUAAAGUAUUCACUUGGAAAGCGAUCUCCCUAAAAGCCAAACUAUAAUCAAUCAACUUAGCUUUCAGUUAUGCAGAUUGAUAGUACAUCUAAUUACAAACUCCCAUUGAUUAAAUCAGUGAUGAAUAGCAGCAUGCCACCAAUCAAGAUCGGGGAUGUUGGGAAUAUUUCACCCUUUAUGACGAGCAAUGACUAUCAAGCAGAUGACAUUACCAAAAAUAGAACUUUCUAAAAAUCCACUAAAGGUUAAAGUGUGGGUAGAGGUGGAGAUGUAACACCUGUAAAUCUCAACAAUAGUUUUAACUUGAACAAAUCCUAGAAUUACGGACAUAAUAGAAGUUUCUAAGUAACUGACAAUGUGGCUCAGAACUUUAAAAAAGUCAAGAAUCUUUAGAGCAACAUGUAAAGAUACGGCGCAGUCUAGGAAAGUUUGAAGGCUUCUUAAACUCAAAUCAACAAUAAGAGCAUGAGAUAAUAGCAGUUGCCAAGCAUCAAUAGAACCUAUAUAAACUAGUAGAGUGAGGAGUACCCACUUCCUAUUGAUGACUAAUAGUUAAUCAUUAAUGUCAAAACUGCAAGUCUCCUUUAAAACUAGCAACAGUUCAAAAAUUCCCCUUAUUAUGACAACUCAGUGGCAAGUCCUUCUAAAAAUAGCUAUUCAAACACAAACAGCAAGACUAAAAUGAAAUAAAUAGAUGUAACCUAAGACAGAUCAAACAGAUUUGAGGUGGUUUAGGAAUGA